UCCUGAGAGCAGUGUGCAUGCCAGAGAACGGAGGGAGCGCAAAACAUUUUUUAAAACUUCUGUGGAACACGCGGAGCUCCGAAAUCGACUGUGCUGGCUUGGCCUUAGCUGAGGCAAAAGAGGAAAGAGUAGAGAAGAGGAGGAGGUGCAGGGACAAGGAGCGCCUCAGCAUUGCAAGGAGGAGACACAAAGAGGAGGAAAGAUUCCCCCGAACGCAGUGAGGUUGUCGGAUAAGGAGAAGAGGAGAGCAGAGGGCAUUGGAUAGGCUUCAUCCAGGAUGGCAGCUCCAGACUUACUGGACCCAAAAUCAGCCACUCACAACACCAAGCCCCGCCUCUCCUUCUCCACAAAGUCCAUCACGCUGACCCCGCGAGAGGAGAGCGAGGUUGUUGCCACGGUGAUGAAAAGGAAGACGGUGACCGCCAUCUUUCUUUUGGUAGUCCUGUACCUGGUGAUGGGAGCUGCCGUCUUCAGGUGCCUGGAACAGCCACACGAGAGUGCCCAACGCUUGGCCAUCUUGUCUCAGAAGCUCAACUUUCUGGCCAAGCAUGCGUGUGUCAACCACAGUCAGCUGGAGGAUCUAGUUAAGCAAGUUGUGUCAGCCAUCCGCUCGGGAGUAAACCCAGCGGGAACGGUCGCCAAUCGCAGCAGCCUGUGGGACAUGAGCUCCGCCUUCUUUUUCGCUGGGACUGUCAUCACAACCAUUGGCUUUGGCAACAUCUCUCCUCACACAGAAGGCGGGAGAAUCUUCUGCAUCGUCUACGCCCUGCUAGGCAUCCCUCUGUUCGGCUUCCUUUUGGCCGGCGUGGGCGAUCAGCUGGGCACCAUCUUUGGAAAGAUCAUUGCCAGAGUGGAGAAGAUGUUUGUGCACUGGGAUGUCAGUCAGACCAAGAUUCGGGUCAUAUCCACGCUUCUGUUUGUCUUGUUUGGCUGCUUGCUGUUCGUGGCGCUCCCGGCAGCCAUCUUUAAGCACAUCGAGGGCUGGUCCGCAUUGGAGUCACUCUACUUUGUCGUCAUCACCUUGACGACCAUCGGGUUUGGAGACUUUGUGGCAGGCGGGUCAGAAAUUGAGUACCUGGACUACUACAAACCAGUAGUGUGGUUCUGGAUUCUGGUAGGGCUGGCUUACUUUGCUGCCAUCCUCAGCAUGAUUGGAGACUGGCUGAGAGUCAUUUCUCGGAGGACCAAAGAGGAGGUGGGAGAAAUCCGUGCCCACGCAGCAGAGUGGACCGCCAAUGUGUCAGCGGAGUUCAAGGAAACACGAAGACGAGUCAGUGUGGAAAUCUACGACAAGUUCCAGCGGGCGGCUUCCAUCAAACGCAAACUAUCGUCUGAGCUCGGCUUUAGCCCGACACCAGAGCACGCGCUGCCCCGGAGGUUGGUUUCAGCCAAUCACAGCGAGGAGCGAGAGAAGAGCGAUAAAGAGGCAGGGCUUCAGGGACUGACAUCAACACUCACCCGGAACUGUGGCUUGUUUAUGAAUGGACUGGACCUGGAAAGAGGAGAUAUGAAAGUUAUUGAACACAUUAAGUAGGAAAAAAGAAACACCAAAACUGUUUGCUUUGAGUGCUGCUCCACAACACCGUGGAUUUUUAACAAAGAGGGACAUCUUUUCCGCACAUUAAGUGAUUACAGGUGCAAGAAGUAUUGUUUUUAAUAUUGACUGGACAUGCUCUGCUGUGAGCAUUGACUAUAAAUAAGAGAAGAAUAUAACGUUUCAAGCCCUGGUAACUCUGCAUUUAACUGCAGUAUUUCAACACAAUUUACAACAGCUGCUGCAAGCUUAUGAGCAGAAACCUGCUGUUAAAAGGGAGAGUUUGGAUUUUUUGACAUGAGGUUGCAUGACAUCCCCAUCAGCAGUGUAGUGCAUCAACAGUGACUUUCCCCCACUUCGUCCCGUGAGCCAAGUUCUGGUCAGAUUUCGUGAUGAGGAACGUAGUUCCGGUUAGCUGGUGUGGCCACUUAAGUAAAGAGUUUGGCUUCUCAAAACAAUAUGCGUUCAAAAGAUUAAUACAUUUGCAUCACAAAAAUGCCUCCCCCCCAAAAAAAGAAAUCAGACCUCUCAAUCGCCCGGCGCUCUUUUCUCUCCGUUGGCAUCACUGCAUAUCCACUGUUUUGUAUGUGUUCCACAGUGUUUACAUGCGCAGAUGAAGACCGCUGCAAUGCGAGAGAGUGAAAGUGACAGCUACGCUAGAGUGAUAUUGUCAAAUAAGAAAAUAUCUCUGAAAAAAAUGUAAUAAAUAAAUCGUGCAGACUUGUAAUUACCUGGGCUGUAACGAGAAUGUAUCUGAGUCACCCUAUAUUCGGUAUUCCAUCGUUUUCCUGUCACGGACAUUAGACAACUUCGGCUUCUUGCCGUAUAGUGGAUGUGUAUAAUGUGGCCAGGAUGAAACAUAGUCCACACUUCAGCAACAAGGAUUACUUUCCUACACGCCCAAGACAGAGGAAAGAAAUAUGUUUUUGAAGAGUUCUGCUGUUCCAGGUAAGAACUAUCUAUACUCAUUUGGAAAGCAGUCAAAAUAAGAUGGGAAAAUGCAACUAUCGAUAUAGGCAUAGUGAGACAUGCUUACUUUCACUAUCGCAGAGGUAAAGAAUGUGAAACAGUUGAUGUAAUGUGUGCAACACUUGACAGCUGGUGGUAGUGUGCAGUGAUACCAAAGGAGAGAAAAUAGACCUCUCGAUUGUUUGGGAAAUGUUUUUUUUUCCAAGGAGGCAUUUUUGUAAUGCAAAUGUAUUACGCUUUUAAAGGCAUAUUGUUUUGAGAAGCCAAACUCUUUACUUAAGUGGCCCCACCAACUAACCGAAAUCCGACCAGAACUCGGCUCACGGGACAAAGUUUAAACAGAGUGUGGAGAAUACGGUUGGUUUAAUUCUCUUGGCCCCUGCUAUAAGCUGAAGGCUUUUUUGAAACUUAUUUCUGGUUAUGCUUAUUCUGUAGACCUUAUUGUCACUAACAGCUGUAGGCCACCAUAAUGUUGAUCUUUCAUAAAGAUUAUAUUUACUCACAUUGUUGGAGCUGCAGGUUUGAACGCAACACUUCAAAAAUCUCCCAGCAACUGUGGGGCAGUUUAGUUUAAGUAUCACCGUGCCUUAAAUCUUUUAUCUUAUCAAACGUUUAAGCACAAGCCUAGGAAGUGGACAUUCAAGUGCUUAGUAACAAGAGCCAAGAAUUAUAUAAAUGUACAAUAAGCACAGACAUCUUGAUGAUAUUUGCCCACUAAUCCUUGCAAAAGUGCUCCAAAAUGUAUCAGAUUGCAAGAGCAUGUCUUGUGCACACCCCAUAGACUUAGGUCUGGGCUGAGGCUCAAAAACCUGCAAUUGUAACACAAGCGCAUUUUUUAGAACCACUAUUGUACAUAAGACUUGGAAUCUAUAUGGGAUGGCUCUAAUCUUUUACAUAGAGUAAAUCUGCAUCUGUCACUUUACAAUAUGCUUCCAAAAACAUUCAGUAAUGUUUUUGUGAGUGUAAAAACACACACACACACACACACACACAAAAUCAAUAAGGAGGCCUCUUCCACCGGCAGACCAAAAUGCAGUUUGAUUUCACAUUUCUUUGUAACUACAGUUUGCAUCCCGUUAUUUUACUAUUAAGUUCUGACUUUUUGCAAAUCACAAGCAGUAAUGGACUAUUACACAAAACACACUCUUCCAUACUGAAAAGAAAACUGAAAGGGGUAUUAUUGUGUUAUCUUUUAACAUUUGCUUUACACUGGUUUAUGAUGAUUAUGGGGCUAAAGUGUUCCGCUGAAAGAAUAUGAAUCAAAACUAAAGUCUUAUAAGUGAUUACUAUGUUCGGAGCUACAGUAGUUUAUACAUGAAUAGUGUCUCAAAUAAACCAGGCUGUUUUAUUGAGUACUAAAAAGCUGAAUGACUUUUUUUGGUUUGCUAGCCUACUAUCGCCAGCUCCACGUGCAACUUUUUUUAAGCUGUGCAAAAAUGAAGCUAAAGUUACAAAAUGUUUUUUUUUCUGCCAUAUGUGCCAGAUAUGCUGUUUAUGAGUAUUUUUGUACACUAAAUAUUCUCUUGGGGCUACUUUUAACAUAUUUCUACCACUGUCUGGAAUGAUGAAUGUUUUAUUAGGGUCUAAAUAACGUAAUGUUUUGUACGCUACAGAAGUAGCAAAUAUAGUCAAGUGUAGUUCUUUGCUUUGUCUUGUUUGCUGUGUCAUUAUUGAAAGCCCAUUAAAAGACAAUAUAGGCCUACAGUCACUGUGGGUGUUGAUGGCCUAGAAAAAAUAUCUAAUAUAAUAAUUAUGCCAUGAAAAUAAAGUUAA